AUGAAUGACUACAAAGGUUACUGGUACCACGAGACACUUGCUGGCUGUGGUUCAGGCACUGGAUUCCGAGACGGGAGCAGCGAAAAUGCAGUUGGCGCCUAUUGCUGCCACAUCGCUCCGGAAAUCUCAAGAGAAUAUGUCGGAGGCUACGACUACACGUCCGCAGCAGCAGCCAAAGGGAAGUGCCAAUCGCUUGGAUAUCAAGGGCUUUGCAGCAAAGCUGAGGUGGAAG